AUGAACAAAAUCGCCUGCUUGAUCUUUCUCUUGGUUACCCUUCUCGCCGUGAUCUCUAAGCCAGCUGCAGCUGCCGGACUCGAGAAAAGAUGGGAUAACUGCUGCCCUGUUGCUCUCUGUGUAUUCAAAAAGGGUAGCAGUUUCGACCGACGCAAGACUAAACGUAAUACAGACCUGUUUAAUGGAUUUAUUCAAUUCACGGAAACGUUCAACAACCAGUUAUAUAUCAGCGGUUUCUUGGAUGUUGAACACGUUCAGAAGGAGGUCGCGGCUGAUGAUCUUUCACCUCCAUUUGAUGUACAUGUAAAUAAAUGCAACGACGUAAGCUUUGGUAAUAUCGAAACCGGCCUUGAUUUGGACGAUGUCGAUGAUAUUUUCGAUCUGCCAUUCGUCAAAGUUGUUAGCAAUAAGAAAGUUAGCGAUGUUGUUGACCAAUGCUGUAUUGUAGCAAAGGACAAGGGCACAAGCAAUCACAAAGUUUUGGGCGUUGCAAAGGUGAAGCAAGCCAUAAAGUGUAACCCUAACAGCAUUGUUUUAGGCAGCGACUUUAAUUAA